CUUUGGCUUUUUUGUCAGGAUGAUUAUUAUAUCUCGUAGUUAGUAAAACUGUGAUUAUAUAAUGCAAGUAGAUGGAGUAGCACGAUAAGCAGGACAGCUAUUUGUUUGCGAGAGAGAGAGAGAGAGAGAGGAGAGAACCCAUCUUUGAUCGAGAGAGAGAAGCUACAUACGGAUUAAUAUGAGGGAGAGAUUUGGAGACGAAUUUGUUGCGAGUCCAUAUAUGAACUCAUAUGACACUACCCCAGAGAGAGAAGGGCUGCAGCAGCAGCACUCUUCUCUAUCCGAACCUGUGAGCUUGUGGCACAGCCCAUCAUCUUCUUCAGUUUCAGAGGGCUCUUCCUCCUUCAAAACCAGUGGUGAUUCAAGUUCAAGGAAAGGCCUCAAGAAAAAAUUUGGUGACAGGAAAAGCAGCAGUUUUGCAUACAGGAUCCGCGAGCACGUGAAACUUGGGCCAAAGUUGUCUGAAACUGUCAAGGGAAAGUUGAGUUUGGGGAAGAGAAUUAUUCAAGAAGGUGGAAGGGGAAAUAUAUUUAAACAGAUAUUUGGUGUGAAUGAAGGUGAAGAGCUGUUGAAGGCCUCACAGUGCUACCUCUCAACAACUGCUGGUCCUAUUUCUGGCCUCCUUUUCAUUUCUACUGAAAAGCUUGCUUUCUGCAGUGAAAGAUCCAUCACUGUCCCUUCUGCAACUAAUACCAACCAACUUAUCAGAACUCCUUACAAGGUUGUGAUACCUAUAACAAAGAUCAAAAUAGCUAGCCAGAGUGAGAAUGUGGACAAACCACAACAGAAGUACAUAGAGAUAGUUACUGAUGAUGAUUUCGAGUUCUGGUUUAUGGGAUUCUUACGGUAUGAAAAAGCUUUGAGAAAUCUUCAGAAGGCCAUUUCUAUGAGUAUGAGCAAUCAAGAUUGAGUAGAAAGUUAAUAGAGGGGAACGCCCCACAAAACGUGUUUUUUGAGAUAGAUUGAUGGGAUUCUAGAAUCAGCAACUGUUGUGUAUUCAUAUAUAAUCCGAAUGACCUUUAUAUGUGUGUGUAACAUAUUUUUAUCAAGUUCACCCUUCUUUCCCGGUUA